AUGAUUAUUUUUAAUAAUUCACAUCUAUUCCCACAUACAUUCUUUUUGGCUGGCAUCCCAGGACUGAGUGCAGCUCACAUCUGGAUAUCGCUUCCCUUUUGCUUCAUGUUCUUUUUGGCUGUGACUGGAAAUGGUGUCCUGCUUUUUCUCAUUUGGACAGAACGCAGCCUCCACCAGCCCAUGUUUUAUUUUCUUGCAAUGCUCUCCUUUGUCGACCUGAUCCUCUCCCUUUCUACUCUGCCCAAGAUGUUGGCCAUUUUCUGGUUUGAUGCUACCGCCAUUAGCUCCCAUUUCUGUCUUUCCCAGAUGUUUUUCAUUCAUGCCUUCUCUGCCAUGGAGUCAGGAGUUCUGGUGGCCAUGGCUCUGGAUCGCUUUGUGGCCAUCUGCAACCCACUGCGCUAUGCAACCAUUCUUACUCCAGUUAUUGUUGCUAAAAUUGGAGGCCUAGUAGUGCUUCGAGGUGUUGGAUUAACUAUCUCCUUUCCAAGUCUGGCCCACCGGUUACCCUACUGUGGUUCCCACACAAUUGCCUAUACUUACUGUGAACAUAUGGCAGUAGUGAAGCUGGCCUGUGGGACCACCACUGUGGAUAACCUCUAUGCCUUUGCUGUGGCAAUCUUCCUUGGUGUGGGAGAUGUGGCUUUUAUUGCCUACUCUUAUGGGCAGAUUGUAAGGACAGUGAUUCGUUUUCCUUCACCUGAGGCACGUGCUAAAGCAGCUAGCACAUGUACAGCUCAUGUCUGUGUCAUCAUCUUCUUCUAUGGACCAGGUUUUCUUUCUGUUGUCAUGCAACGUUUUGGGCCACCCACAGCCUCUGCUGCCAAGGUCAUCAUUGCCAAUCUUUACUUACUCUUUCCACCUGCAUUGGACCCCAUUGUCUAUGGGGCCAAGACCAAGCAGAUCCGGGAACAGCUGUUCAAAAUUCUAAGCAACAAGGGGGUUGAUCCCACAUGA